AUGUUUCCCCUUCUCACUCUCUUCUCUCUUCUCUUCUUCCUCCUCUUCUACCCAUGCCAACCCGGUCGGCCGCCGCCAGGGCUUGCACCAUCUCCGGCAACGGUGGUAACUGUCAAGAACGGUAGUUACUCGUGGCAUGGGUUCCAGAGGUUCCUUGGGGCCAGGAGAGGUAGCCGAAUAAGCGGCAUGGCGGAACUCAAGAAGUACUUUAACCGUUUCGGUUAUCUAGGGUUUCAAGAUGGUAAUGUCACUGAUGUUUUUGACACCAGACUGGAAUCUGCUGUUGCCGCGUAUCAGGCGAAGCUAGGGCUUCCGGUGACCGGUAGGUUCGAUUCCGAGACUCUUUCGCAGAUGAUGUCGCCAAGGUGCGGGAUGCGUGACGCCAUGCAGCCCAUGCAUGCAGCCAUGCAUUACGUGUAUUUUCCUGGAAAGCCGAGGUGGGCGCGUCCAAUACCAAUGACACUCACCUACGCCUUCUCGCCGGAGAAUUUGGUCGGGUAUUUGAGCUUGGAAGACAUUAGAGGUGCAUUUAAACGUGCUUUUGCAAGGUGGGCAUCUGUUAUUCCGGUGAGUUUCACUGAGACUGAUACUUACAGUUUUGCCGACAUCAAAAUAGGGUUUUACAGGGGUGAUCACGGCGACGGUGAGCCGUUUGAUGGGGUUCUUGGGGUUUUGGCCCAUGCAUUUUCACCGGAGAGUGGGAAGUUCCACCUUGACGCGGCGGAAACAUGGGCAGUUGAUCUUGAAUCGGAGAAGUCGACGGUGGCCAUUGAUUUGGAAUCAGUGGCAACCCACGAGAUUGGGCAUCUUCUAGGGUUAGCACACAGUCCAGUUAAAGAAUCGGUCAUGUACCCUAGUUUGAAACCUAGAGCUAAGAAAGCUGAUUUGAAGCUUGAUGAUAUAGAGGCAGUGCAAGCCCUCUAUGGUUCAAACCCUAAUUUCAAAUUUGCAUCAUCAAUGGAAUCCGAUAUUUCUUCAAAUCAAGCCAUUGAUUUUAGGGUUAGGUCAUACAGAAAAUUGAGCAUCUUGCUUCCCAUUUUAGUACUAUAUUCAUCCAUGUAAUUAGGAAGUAAUUUUCAACCACAUUAGGGUUUUUCAUGACAUUUGAUUUCUUAUAUUCUUUUUUUUU